AUGCUGCUGCUAUUGCUCCCUGGGGUGGGCACAAGCAGAUGUCUACAUGAUGAGACCCAGAAGUCUGUGACCCUCCUCACGCCCGCUUUCUCCCAAAUGCACCCAGACUUUUGCUCCAUCUCCCUCACUCUUCCUGGCUCCCGUGAUCCUCAAGCCCUCCGAAUCCAAAUCUACUACACAGGAGAGCCUACAUCUUCUGGAGUUUGGAAUCCCUCAGAUGAUGGGAUGAAAGGGGGAUCCUGAGCUCUGGCCGUAGUGAAAGAGGCCACUCAGCGAAUCCAGGGUGUCCUGGCAGUUCCUCCAGUACAAGGACCCCUGCUUGUGAGUCGAGACCCUGCACAGUACUGCCAUGAUGUCUGGGGCAACCCAGAGACCCCAAACUACCACAGGUGUAGCCUCUUGAACCCAGGUUACAAAGGAGAGAGUUGCCUGGGGGCAAAGGUGACUGAUGCCCAUCUCUGUGGAUAUGCCUUGUGGCCAGAGUGGGGUCCCCCACAACUGGUUCAGCCAGAUGGUCCUGGGGUCCAAAACACUUAUUUCCUCCUGUAUGUUCAGGUUGCCCACACCUCCAAGUGCCACCAAGAGCCCUCCGUCAUAGCCUAUGCUGCCUGUUGCCAGCUGGACUCAGAAGACAGGCCCCUUGCUGGUACCAUUCUCUACUGUGCCCAGCAUCUCACCAGUCCCAGCCUCAGCCAUGAUGACAUUGUCAUGGCCACACUACAUGAAUUGUUCCAUGCCCUGGGUUUCUCUGGACAGCUCUUCAAGAAGUGGCAAGACUGCCCCUCAGGACUCAGUGUUAGAGAGAACUGUUCUACAAGGCAACAAGUGACAAGGCGAGAUAAGUGGGAACAGCUGCUUCUUACCACCCCAGCUGUUGGCCACGGCCUGGCCAAACACUUAGGGGUGCUAAGGGAUUUACUAGGUGUUCCUUUGGAAGAAGAGGGCCCUUUGUCCUCACACUGGGAAGCCAGACUGCUCCAGGGCUCAAUAAUGGCUGCUUCUUUUGAUGGUGCCCAGCGAACACGACUUGACCCAAUCACUCUUGCUGCCUUUGAAGAUUCAGGCUGGUAUCAGGUCAACCACAGUGCUUCAGAGGAGCUGUGGUGGGGCCAUGGAGCUGGCACAGAAUUUGGCCUGGUGACUACUACAUGUGGGUCUGACUCUUCAGACUUCUUCUGUACUGGCAGUGGGCUGGGAUGCCAUUACCUGCACUUGGACAAGGGAAGCUGCUCCUCAGACCCCAUGCUGGAAGGCUGCCACAUGAAUAAACCCUUAGCCAAUGGUAGUGAAUGCUGGAAGAAGGAAAAUGGACUCCCAGCUGGAGAGGAGAAUCCCCAUGGGGAGAUCUACCAUUCCCAGAGCCGUUGCUUCCUUGCCAACCUCACUUCACAACCACUCCCACAUCUCAAGGAAGCAGAGCUCACUGGUCGUUGCUACUUACAUCAAUGCACACAGAGGAAAGCAUAUAUGGUACAGGCGGAGGGGUCACCUUGGGUCUCAUGCCUUCCAGGAGCGCAUAUUGAGAUACCUGGGUACUUUGGUCUCCUCUACUGUCCCCAAGAUUGGUUGUGCCAGAUUAAUGAAGGUACCAAUGCAGUUACUUCUCCACCUGUGAGUCCUUCAACCCAAGACCUGCUCUUCCAGCUUUCUUUAGGAUUAGCUGGGGCCCCAGGCUUCUCACCGGACAAGCGACAGGGAGAAGAGCUGGCUGAAGCAGUCCUGCAGGCUCUGGUGAACAAAAGUGGCACUGGCAGGUGCUAUUUCCACAGCCUAUCUAUUACCACUAAUUUGGUGUUCACUGUGCAUAUGUGGAAGCCUCCCGGCUGCCAAGGGCCAUUGGUUGCCAUGCUGUACAAGGCCCUGUCCCUGACUCUCAAGGAGAAACCUCUACAUCAUGGAGAAGCCAGCUUCACCACAGGAUACAGCAAGUUGCUGGUUACCUCAGACCAUAAUCCCUCCAUUACCCACGUAUUUCUGUCCAUGGGAUUCUGCCUACUGCUGCUAAUUCUAGUAGGUACACUGGCAACUGUGGCUUAUCAAAAACAAGCUACUCUUCGGGUGGGACCAUCUACUCCUCACCAUCACCAGAUACAUGGAACAAGGGGUCCAAAUGGAAUAAGGGAAGCAUGA